AAGGAGAAGAAAGGAAAAGCAAGAGUGAAGACCGCACGAGUGACAAUUCUCAGGCGUAUCGCUUGCAAAAGACUCGCGGUGGCAUAAGAGGAGAAUCGGUAGAUUCGCGCGAGGAGAAAGUUUCCAAGGUAUACCUAGCGUUUGUGCGUUCAUCGGUUCGGUUCGCUUACUACUCGCUAGUUCGAACAACGAUACUCUUUCUCGAUUGCCGGUUUCUCGAACGUUUCUCAAGAGUAUCGUGCAGACGUUGAUUUCACGGAACAUCGGAUAAGCUGUUACCUUCUCCGACACGCGACGACACGCGACCACAUUGUGAACGCGAUGGUGGAGGAUUUGCUGGAGAUGGUCGAAAAUCAGGCGAAAUCGGACAACAAUUGGAAUUACAACGAGCAUCCGACGGAACGUUUGCUUCGAGACGACGAUUGCAUUUCGAGAGUGGUGCAACAGACGCAUCUCAGCCCGAUUAAAAACUUUUUCAACGAGCAAAGCAUCUUCAUAACAGGUGGUACCGGGUUCGUCGGCAAACUCUUGAUAGAGAAGCUCCUCCGAGAAUGUCCUGGGAUCUCGUUCAUCUACCUGUUGGUGCGGCCUAAGAAAGGAAAAGACAUGCAUCAACGUAUCGAGGAACUGUUCGACGAUCCGGUGUUCGGCAUGUUGAAAGAGAAGCACCCAAAAUUUCGCCAUCAGAUCGUCCCUAUAUUCGGAGACUGUUGUGAACCGCGUUUCGGGAUGUCUGCCGCAGACAGAGAAAGGAUCACGCGAGAAGUCUCGAUAGUUUUUCACGUCGCAGCUACGGUUAGAUUUGACGAGAGUUUGAAACACGCAGUUCCCAUCAAUGUUCGCGCUCCCAAAGAUGCGUUAGAACUUUGCAAAGAAAUGUCCUGUUUGAAGUCGUUCGUCCACGUGUCUACGGCUUACGCCUAUUGUCCGCAUCACCAUAUCGAAGAAAGGAUUUACGAUCCACCGAUAGAAGCGGACAAGUUGCUAGCCAUCGUUGACUCUAUAGACGAGGAAUUGAUCGACCAAAUUACACCGCGAUUACUAGGUGAUUGGCCCAACACGUACACGUACACAAAAGCGGUGGCCGAAAGCAUCAUUGUGAGAGAGGCCGGCGAUCUACCCGUUGGAAUAUUUCGCCCUAGCAUAGUGAUAUCAACCUACCAGGAACCGCUUAGAGGGUGGAUAGAUAAUAUGUACGGGCCAACCGGUGUUGCGGCUGGCGCUGGUACUGGGAUAUUGCGGACGAUUCAUUGCGACGGAUCCAAGGAGGUCAGCGUCGUUCCUGGAGAUUUAACGGCAAAUGCUCUAAUAGCCUGCGCCUGGGACGUAGGAACUCGUCAAAAAUCUGCAAACAUCGAAGAAGAGAAAAACGACAAAGUAACGAUUUAUAAUUACGUCUCGAAGGACAAUCCUUUAACGUACACACAGCUGAGAAGUUUAUCAGAACUGUACGGACUCGAAUUUCCCACCCGCAGAGCUCUAUGGUACUACACUUUUGAGCAGCACAAACACAAGAUAAUACACAUUUUCUACGUCUACUUAUUCCACUUACUACCGGCUAUCUUGAUCGACGCCGCCAUGCUUUGUACAGGAAAGCAACCGAGGAUGUUAAAGAUCUACAAAAAGAUACACAAGUUUAUGGAUGUUCUCGACUAUUUCACUACGAGGGACUGGACGUUCUCCAACGACAAUUUUAAGGCAGUAUUGAGCAAUCUGACGCCAGAGGAUCGUGACAAUUUUUUCUGCGACAUCACACAGAUUCAGUGGGAUCGCUUUUUUCGAACCUACGUACAAGGGAUUCGCGUCUAUUUGAUAAAAGAUCCCCUAGACACUCUCCCAGAAGCACGCGCUAGAUGGCAGAGAUUGUACUGGAUGCAUCAAGCGUUGAAGUUAAUUCUCGCUUAUGGGAUAUUGCGAAUAUGUUGGACUAUCUACUACACUAUAUAACUACCACUUACCUCUUUCGUAAUUCUACACUCUUCGGUACCUUCUUCAACGCACUCUUAAAUACGUAACGCGGGUAUAUGUAUGUAUGUAUGUAUAUAUUUACGUGUCGGUCGGGACUCGGCUCCGAAUCGAACACGCCGCUGCCGCUGCUCGCCCGAGUUCAUCGAUGAGGUCACGUUUUCAUCUUUCGCGACUACUUUAUUCUCUCUUCACCUUCUCAACUGCUCGGAACGAUAAAAGAGAAAAAGGGGAAA